GUGGACUGUAAGGACUAUGAGGACUGUGAGGACUGUGUGGACUGCGCUGGUGGUACCUGUGCACGAUGCGCCAUGGGCCUGUGGGACUGAGGGCUUGACUGGGGCAGCAUCGUGGGCGUCUGCACGAUGUAUAUAACUCGGGAUGGACGAUCUGUUUCCCAUUCCUUCUCUCGCUGGUUCCGUUGCUCUCCAUCUAACCAUUGACCGAUUUGUCCAUCUAUCUCCUCGAUCUUCUUCUGAGUGUUUUGUUUUUUGUUUCCUUUCCCUUCUUCCUCCACUACUGUUUGGUGUUUACUUUUCUUUUUCUUUUUCUUUUCCUUCUCUUUUUCCCUUUUUGGCCGUUUUGUGCCCAUCUUCUUACUUUCCUUUCCUCCCGCUUUCUGCAUUUUUUUUAUCAUAUUUUAUUUUCUUCUGUCGAUAUCCAUUUCUUAUACCUCGCUCCUUCUGAUAGCUAGGCUAGUCAGUUCUAACGAUAUAACCGUCACGAAUUUCUCCUUCUAUUUCCACGACUCUCUAUCUGCCAGCAUCCUACCGAGCAAACCCGUUUAGUAGCCAUUGUUAUUGCCUUCCACCUACUAUCUCGGAACCACCACCACCUCCUCCUCCUCCUCCUCCCACCUCAGUCUAUACAAAAACAGGAGACCUAAAGGGGCAACAAACACAAUGCAAUUCCUUCUCCUCCUAGCCUCAUUAGCCUCCACGGCCUCAAUCGCUCUCGCCGUCCCCUCGGGCUGGUCCCCAGAUACUGCCAAAUUCUACUCAACCGUGGCUAAAGAGAUCAAGGAAGCCAGGAAGCAUCAUAAAAACCCUGCGCUACCAAAUUGUGACAUGUCAAGAGCAAGACUACCAACGACAGAUGAGCCGCUGCCGGCUGUGCCUAAGGGACAGAAGUUGUUGCAUGUUACUAUUGGAAGGGGGAUUCAGAACUACACCUGCCCCUCCAGCUCAUCAACCGACAAACCAAAAGCAACCGGCGCCCUCGCAACCCUCUUCGAAGCCUCCUGCCUCGCCUCCACAUACCCAUUCCUCCUCACCCUCCUCCCCCGAGUCGCCCUCCACAUCUCCAAGCCCCCUUACCCUCAAAACUCCCCCUCCUCGUCCCCAGGCUCCCAAGUAGGCAUCGCCAACCCCUUCACCUUCGGCCCCAACGACAUGCCCAUCGCCGGCUACCAUUUCUUCGACUCCACCGGCGUCCCCGUCUUCGACCUUCAGGCAGACGGCCACGCCGCCGUCGAGAAGAUCUCCGGUGUCCCCGCGCCCAAGGGUGCGAUGAAGGGCGUGGGCAGGCAGAGUUGGGGCGCCGUGCCGUGGUUGUAUCUUGCGGCUGUGGAUGGGAGUCUGGGUAAGGCGAAGAGUGUUUAUCGUGUGGGGACGGCGGGGGGCAAGGCGCCACCGACGUGCGAGGGGUGGAAGGGGAAUGAUGGGGAUGGAGGGGUUUUGAGUGUGGAAUAUGCGGCGGAGUAUUGGUUUUAUGGAUAGAGGGUUUACUUUUUUUAGGGUAGGGUGUGUGUAUUUGGCACCUCUGUUGUGGUUGGGGAUGGGACAGGGGAUGUUUGCAAGGACAAAAUAUUUGAAUAUGAUACCUGAGAAGAAAAAGAGAAAAAAAAAAA